AUGGAGAUAGAUGAAGAAUUAGCUAAGCAACUGAAGGCUAAGGAAUUAAAGUCGAAACAAGAGAUGCUUCUCAAAAAGAAAUCUUCAGAGAUCUCGCCUGAAGAAAGGAGUACAGGGCAUGAUGAACAAUUUAGAGUGUCAUCACCUAAAAGAACCAUCUUCUCUAACCCUGAUAGAGAUUCCUAUCAAAAGGUCAAGGUCAUCAAGCCCACAAAUUCGAAAAAUAGGAUAUUCCUACACCCCCGAAUGCUAGGAGAAAAGGAAGCCGAGGAACCAAAUUUAGAUCUAAAUAUGGAAAAUGAGACAGCUAGGAACAUGCUAAAGAAACCACACAAAGGUGUUGUAUUCUCUUCUAAAGGUCGACUGAAAUUCAUGAGAAUCUGUCAAAAACAUAUACUCUCUUCUGAAUUCAUUAAAGGCAUCAUUGGUCUAUUGAAGAGAACAAGAGAUCAAGAUGAGCCGCUGAGAGUGAAGAUCAUUGAAGAACUUACAUGGUUUUUAAGUUUUCCGCAAUGGUUAAUAAACUUGAGAAACAAAGGUUAG